AGCAGGCGUACAUAGUUUUGACUUGGAACAAGUCUUCUCUCGGGGAGCUCAGUCACACCACCCCACCAUCACUCCUACUCCCUUCCUCUUCUUGUAGUUAUAGUUGACCGACUUCACUUCCAGCUACACCAACUCACCCUCCCCACCUUCUCUAGCAUCCAUUCCGAUUCCUCCUUUAUAUAUACCACAGCCAUCUCUCCCAUAUACUCUCACACCACAUAUCUCUUGCUUGCUUACUCUUUCCAACACAAACAACCACUUUUAUUCUCUCUUUGCUUGCUUUCUUUCCUUCUUUCUCUGCUCUAUUGCUUCCUUUCUAAGUAAACCCACCCAUCUCUCAACAACAAAGAAAGAUGGCCUUAGAAGCUCUGAAUUCUCCCACCACAGCCACUCCUUUCAACUAUGAAGACGACGUUGAGCGUCAAUAUGUGGAACCAUGGACCAAGAGGAAGCGCUCCAAACGACCCGCUCGCAUCGAGAACCCGCCAACCGAGGAAGAGUACCUCGCUCUCUGCCUCAUCAUGCUUGCCCGUGGCGGCACCAACCCCACCGACAGUGAGAUUACACAACAAAAGCGCUCGCGGCCCGAGCCGCCGACCUUGAAUCUAUCUUACAAGUGCACCGUAUGCAACAAAGCCUUCCCUUCCUACCAAGCCCUCGGCGGCCACAAGGCCAGCCACCGCAAGUCAGCCUCCGAAGCCGCCAACGUCGACACCAACAACAACCACCCAUCAACUUCCUCCUCAUCCGUCGCCGGCACGAGCGGUAAGACCCACGAGUGCUCCAUCUGCCACAAGACCUUCCCCACCGGCCAGGCCUUGGGCGGCCACAAGCGCUGCCACUAUGACGGCGGCAACAGCCACAGCAACACCAAUACCAAUACCAAUACCAACGCCAACAGCGGCGUGACCUUCUCGGAAGGUGGCGGCUCCAGCCUCAGCCAGAGCCACCGUGGCUUCGACUUGAACCUACCGGCCUUUCCAGAUUUCUGGUCCGAGAGGAAGAGGAGCCAGCUUUCGGCGGAGCAAGAAGUGGAGUCUCCUCUGCCCACAAAGAAGCCCCGCUUGUUCUUGAUGAGUCCGGAAGACCUGGUUUCCGCCCAAGAUUGAUUUCAAGAUAACGUGAAUCGCAGAACUUCAAAUUUUUUGUCUAUCAAUUCUCUUUGAAACAGUGUUGAUUGUUUAGGCUCUGUCUCGUCGAAUUGUUUCUGUACAUUGAAUUUGUUCUUGUUUCUGAAACUAGCAAUCUGCAAUUAUUGAUUUUUAUUUUUUUAAAUCACAUUAUUCAUUCAUUCA